GCCCACCUGGAGCCCGAGCAGCACCUCAAGGCCGGCCGCCACGGGGAGUGGGCCGCCGACGCGCUGCGUGCCGGCCCCAAGACUGGCGCGUCGUGGGGCGUCACGCUCGCGCCGCCCGGUUACAGUGAGGAGGGGAACCCCGACAUUGCAGACAUCGUGCGCAGCCAAAACAGGCGCUGA